AGAUAUUCUCCAAAGCAUCAGAAUUGAUGCUUUCUAUUGUCAGGUCACCUGUUCCAGUUAUUGCCAAAGUUAAUGGUUUAGCAGCUGCAGCUGGUUGCCAGCUUAUAGCAACAUGUGAUAUAACAGUUUGUUCAGAUAAGAGCACUUUUUCUACACCAGGGGCAAACUUUGGAAUAUUUUGUUCAACACCAGGAAUCGCUGUAGCAAGAUGUGUGCAGAGGAAAACAGCACUUCAUAUGUUAUUAACAGGUUUACCAUUAACUGCGAAUGAAGCUCUUACUGCUGGCUUGGUUUCAAAAGUAGUAUCUGAAGAACUACUGGAUGAGGAAAUUGACAAAAUAAUAUCCUCCAUUGUUUCUAAAAGCAGACCAAUCAUAGAAUCAGGCAAAAGAUUUUUCUACGAACAAGCUAACAUGAGUAUGGAAGAUGCUUAUGAGCUAGGUACAAAUGUUAUGGUGAGCAACGUUAAUUCAAAUGACGGGCAGGAAGGCAUUAAGAGUUUUGUGGAAAAGAGGAAACCUUCAUGGAGUCAUGUUAAGUGAAAGAGGAAUGCAUAUUAAAAAAUACUCAACUGAAUUGAAUUGUAAAUAAAAGGAUAUCAUGUACAAUAUUUUAUGUA